AUAGUCUCUCCAGAAACUUUUCAAGCAGUUGAGUGAGUGAGCGAGGCAGCCUGUCACUGUCCGAAGCCCCUGCUGCAGCCAUGGCAGAGACAGAGCUGGCCCAGAAGCUGCAGCGCCGACUGGUUCUGGAAGAUAACGAGCCCCCCACGGACGCAGUCGAGGAGCAGUCGCUGGAGCAGCAGCACCAGAAUGGAGAGGAGAAGGUGCUCACUUCCAAUGCUGACUCCGAACUGAGUGCCAAACUGAACAGGAGGCAGGACAUCAACACUGGCAAUGUGGUGCCAGCCAACCGGGCCAACAUCUUCAACCCUUACACCGAGUUCAAGGAGUUCUCCCGAAAGCAGAUCAAGGACAUGGAGGAAAUGUUCAAAAAGUAUGAUUCCGGAAAAGAUGGCUUUAUUGAUAUGAUGGAGCUGAAGUUUUUGAUGGAGAAGCUGGGUGCCCCACAGACUCAUCUUGGACUUAAGAACAUGAUAAAGGAAGUGGAUGAGGAUUUUGACAACAAGCUGAAUUUCCGAGAGUUUCUACUGAUCUUUCACAAAGCAGCAGCCGGGGAGCUGGAGGAGGACAGUGGCUUGCUGGCGCUGGCUAAACUUUCCGAGAUUGAUGUGGACGUUGAGGGAGUGAAAGGUGCCAAGAACUUCUUUGAGGCCAAGGUCCAGGCUCUUUCCUCAUCCAGUAAGUUUGAAGCAGAGAUCCGUGCAGAGCAGGAAGAGAGGAAACGGCAGGAAGAAGAGAAGAAAAACCGCAGAGCUGCCUUUAAAGAACUGAAGUCUGCGUUUAAUCAGUAACUAACCAUUAGUAGACAAUGCACAUAAGCUUCUCCCAGCUCUGCACUUCUCAACCAUAAUUCAGCGUGAGAGGCUCUUAAGCCUUAUAAGGGCGGAUAACUUUGCAACUAAUCCUUUUAAAAGCAGAGAACGUUGUUCCAUCUAAUCUUUUAUACAAGGGACCUACAUUUGGCCUAACCACAUUUUUUAUGCGGGUAUAUUGCAAUUCUGUAUACCACAUCACCAUCUGUUAUGCUUCUUUUCUCUUGAGUAAGUUCUUGUUCUGCUGCACCACAAGAGAUAAUGAUUUUAUUUGUACUAAACCCUUAACAGAUAAGAUUUCAGUGUAAAAUUGUUCCUAUAGCUACUACAGCUGCAAGAAUCAUAGGCAAUCAUUUUCCUUCCGUUCUUAACUGCAGCCCUGUUCUAAGGUUGCUAAAAAAAAGCAGUUGCCUAAUAAUUAAUAGUAUGGGAUGUAUUAUACAGAAACCUGUUAUCUAUAAAGUACAGAAAUACUGCUGUGGUCUAUUAAGGAACAAAUCUUAAAUUUUUCACUGAUUUGAUUUUUCUCUUAAACAUUCACUGCAUAUAUAACUACAUUCCAGCUAAUCAGGGACUGAGAGUAAUAUUUUAAAGCAUACAGACUGAAAACUAUUCUGUAACCUAUUCCAUAAAUUACAGUUCCAUUGAUAGCAGUUGCCUUAUCACUUGCCCUAUAAGAGAUAGGGGCGCCCUGUUUUUUUUUUCUUAAAGACAAGGUUUCCCAUUCAUUAUGCCUUAAAUAUCAAUAGCAGUGCUUCUUGUUCAUCUGUGCGUGGCAUGCUGGGAAACUGAAUAAAUAAAGGGACAGUAUCUAUGCUAAAAUUCUUUUAGGCAAACAUUUGAGAACACCAUGCAGGGCUUAUGGUUAGCAAGCAGGCUUUCGAAAAUGACCUUCUUUGGAGCCGAAAGUACUACUGGCAUCACUUGGAUUGGCACGAGCUGUAAACUAGAAUUUACCAUUAGGAACAGUCCGAUGUCGACUACAUGCUUGAACUAUUCGUUUUUAAAAACUGCUGAUAAUAUUGUCAGAUUGUAUUAGCUGUACAAAACCUGAAAGAAAGUAUAUUUAAAAGAGGGGCAUAUAUAUUCUUUGCUUAGGGGGCAGAGGAAUCUAUUUCAGAAAGAAACAAGCAUAUAUAAAGAUUCAAUCCUUUCUAUAAUAUUUGUUAGGUAAAGAUUUCAAGAUAAAUCCUAAAAGAAGUGUUCCGUCCAUUAGGUAUAACGACCACAAGCUCUAAUAACACUGCUCAAAGCCAGAAAUAUGUUUUUUGGUUCUUAUUCAGGAUCAGCUUCACAGCUGUGGUAACUGAUAUUCUAAAUGGCCUGUCCAAAGAAUAAGGCAGCUGGAAUUCAUGAAAAGAGAUGCAGCAGCGGGUCCUUCCCUUCCCAAUGUGUUUCGGUGUGUUAGUAAAAAUCACUGUGCAAAUACCCCCAAUCCAAGGUGACACAGAGAGCCUACUGCACCUUUCUCUCUGCCAGGUUGCCCAUUGCCCAUUUAGAAUAUAUCCAACAUCUGUAAAGUUGCUACUGGAUAACAAACCAUUAAAAAGAGCUUUAUCAACUAUUGGCUGAGGGAAGAAACCAAAUGAAUAUGAAUUGUUGCUUUAGCCUCUGCUUUGAGAGAAGAACCUGCUCCGGGAAUUAAUUGAUCCUGGUACUUAAGAUGUUAAUAAUUGUUUUAUGAAUUCUAUUUCCUUGUGUGACGGAGGAGGACGACCGGCACAAUAACAGGAUUCCAGUGCUCUGAGAUUUCCAGAGUUGUGCUGAAUACCUGCUGUUCUCCCUACCUUUUAUAUUAAUAUUGAAAAAUAAACAUUUUAAUAAUAAAA